CGCGCGCGCGCGCAUUCACACGAGCUCGCGUACCUGCUAUGAAAUCUUCCUGACCGAGGACGACGCGACGGUCCUCCAACGAGGCAAUUCGCUCCACUGCUCGCUCGCACUUAGGGACAAAGGUAAGGAGAGGCUUGGCAACAUGUCGUGGCUGCGUUCGACUGGCGACGUGGUCGGCUUCCUGCUGCUCUCCAUCCUGGCUAUCCUAGAGUCCGUGACACUUGCUUUCAUACCCAAGAGGUAUAGAAUGAAGAAUGUCGCCGGUGAAAUUGCCCUCGUAACCGGCGGGGGCAGCGGACUCGGUAGACUCAUAUCGCUCAGACUCGCCAAGCUCGGGGCCAUCGUCGUUGUUUGGGAUAUUAACACACCAGGCCUUAAUGAGACUGUUAAGAUGAUCCAGGCAAUGGGUGGCACGUGUUACGGUUAUGUUUGCGAUCUGUGUAAUCGAGAAGAUGUGUAUAAGCAAGCAUCACGCUUAACAAAAGAAGUUGGACGAGUAUCCAUCCUCGUUAAUAACGCUGGUGUCGUUACAGGUAGGAAGUUUCUUGACUCAACAGAUCAGAUGAUCAUUCGGACGAUGGACGUUAAUAUAAUGAGCCAUUUUUGGACGGUGAAGGCUUUCCUGCCGGCAAUGCUUAAGGAGAACAAAGGUCACAUCGUGAGCAUAGCCAGCCUCGCGGGCCACGUUGGCUGCACCAAGCUCGUUGACUACACAGCUUCGAAAUUCGCGGCCGUUGGCUUCGAUGAGGCCCUACGUGCCGAGCUCGAGGCCGAAGGAUCCGACAUCAAAACGACUGUGAUAUGUCCAUAUUUCAUUCGCAGCACAGGCAUGUUCGAUGAUGUGAUGUCGAGGUUUAUUCCAACUUUGAGUCCAGAUGAAGUUGCUGAUAGAGUCAUUACUGCAAUGCGGUGUAACGAGCGUUUUGCCAUUAUUCCGAGUUAUUUGCAAGUGUUAUUAGCGGCCAAAUGGAUGUUCCCGUGGAAGUGCUCGACCAUGCUGCUACGUGGGCUCGUGCACGACGCCUCGCCAAAGAUCAACCCGGAUUUCUCCAAGAUAAAGCAAACGACAAUCGUCAAUGGCCUCAAGCAAAUUCCGUGCGAAGAAUCGACGAAAGAACCAAGCAAUGGUUCGGUUCUACACCAACAACUCACCAGGCGCAUAUCCAGUUCCGAAAGGAAGCCAUGAUUUCAUGUACAAAGGCAGGCAAAAGCUCGAUGCUCCAACUUCC